AUGAAGGUCUGGAAGCAUGCCCGGUCCGAGACAGAUGAAGCAGUCGUUGACUUGACUUGGGGCCAUCAAAACAAAUACUCUGCAAGGCUGCUGCGAGCAAAGAAUGAGGAUCUCCUGGGCAUUUGGCUGGCAUGGGCUGUUGAAAGAAUUCCCAAACACUUCGAGGCAUCGGCCACAAGGAGCCGAUCGCCAAGUGUGGACUCGUUGGACUAUUGGGCUGAGCUGAACCAGGUGGAUCCAGGAUCCGCAGUACAGACAGCCCGCAACGAAGUCCAAAAACAGGGAGCAAACCGCAAUGCCUCGCGAGCCUCUACAGGAUCCGUUCCAGCUGUUCCAGCGGAGAUGAGGGCUGAGCCGCCAAAAGCAGCAGCAAAAGAAGUACCAACAGCAGCGCCAACAGCGGAACAGGUGAAAGUGCCGCCGAAGCAGGCGCUGAGCUACUGGCUGCAAGUGGACAGCAUCUUCGGCCUCGAAGCCACUUCGAACAACGGAGAGGUGACCUAUGAGGUGCAGAGCUAUUGGCUGAGCCUCAUGGCCUCGGUGGUUCGCUUGACCUCGGCGCCCAAACACAACCGCUCCGAGUGCCGGGUGAGGAAUCAGGUGGUGCUUCCGAAAGCGACCGGCACCAAACUGGCGGUGGAAGUGGUGCAAAAGACUCCGGACGUUUUGUACAUCGGCCGGGUGGAUUUGGAUGCCUCGGAGACCUCAGUGCAUCAGGUCGACAGCUACGAGUUGCUCCCUUCCAAUGCCCGGAUUCGCCUUCGGAUUUGUCCACAUCGAGCUUCCGUCGCUUCGGUCUCGGCAGCAGCGGCAGGCGGCAUGGUAACUCAGCCGCAAACGCCAACGCCGGCAACGCCCAGAGGUUCCCUUCAGAGCGUCGCCUCCAGCAAGGCCCGGCAACCGGUGGAGGAAAGAACAGCAGGCCAAAGCGCUGCUGCGACAAGCGCGGUCACGCCCGGCACCCUUCGGCCUGCCGCAACGACAAGCGCGGCUGUGGCGCCGCCGACCAACGUGGCGCCGGCCGCGGCUGUGGUGCAGGCUGAAACCGAGGAGGAGUACGAAGAAGGAGAGGAGGAGGAACUCACGGAGGAUGAUCCCAUGGUCGCUUCCUGA